AUGAAGUUAACAACACUGUGCACGUUUUUGACCUUGUCUGCCUCCUUCAGCCUCUCUCAGGAGGGGUACGAGGAAUCCGGUUCCUGCGCAGCCACUCUGCGGGCCAAGGGGCCGUGUGGAUCCGGACGGGCCGGGUGCCCUUACGUUUUGAACCUUCCGCCGUUGACGGUGCACCUGCCGAAGCAGUUUCAGGAGCUGGACAAGCUGGUGAAGGACUUACAAGCGCUAAAAGAUGAAGUGGACCAGCUGAGGAGGCUGUGCGGCAACUGCGGGAGACACCGAGAGAGCAGGUAUGAUGAGGACGCACGCUCUGACACACGAGAUUUAGAAGUAAGAGACAAUCAGGGAAAAAAAGUUGCAGGCUCUGUGUGUACUGUCGAAAUAGAAAAUAGAGAAGCAGCACAGAAGGAAGCAGCUGGAAAAGAUGAGAAGCAAGAAAAGGAAGAAGCCAAAGAGAUUAGAAUUAAUGAAGAGCAUCAAGUAUGGCCAGAUGAAACAGGCACGAAGAAUAAAAAUACACAAAUGAAGAUGCCGCAGGACCGUGGGAGGCAGGAUCAGGGCAAGAUUUGGGAGGAGAAGAAAAAGGAAAUGGAAGAGAGGAUAAAAGCGGGGCAGGGAAAUGAGAAACCAAAACAGGCUGUAAACAGUGGGCUCACGGACGAAAGAGGACCUAUAAAAAAAGACGAGGAAGUCGUGGAAGGAAAGACGGGUGGCGAAUUGGAAAAAGAGAAAACACAGAAAGCAGUGGAGAAUGUGCAGAGGGAUAGUGAUAGAGAAUCAGCAUCCAGAAAAGCAACUCAGAGCACAGACUUUGUUUCAAUCAGCCCUACUCCUGCAUUGAUGGCGUUGAUCUCCGCUCAAGGGCCUGAGUUUGUAGACUUGGAUAAAACUGAGAGCAUCACGUCAUCUCUUCCAUCUCCUCCCUUCUCCGAUUCCACUUCCCAUUACUUGCCAGUUGUUAAUCCAAAAAGAACUCUAACAGCUUCAACUAAAUCAAACACAAAUAGUCUGCUGAAUGUAACAAGUUCCCCAAGCUCAAGCUUCCACACAACUAUUUCCCCCGAAGAUAAAGAACGCAGCAGGUGGCCGAGCACCAAUAAUGGCGUCAAUCGACCAGCCAUGCCAGAGGUAAAGCGUAAACCUGGAAUAAAGCUUGAUGCUAACGACAAGCAGAAGGACGCCAAGCAAGACCAAAAACCAGACAUUAAAACCAAGCAAAAUAUGCCCCAACAAAAAAACAGAGCAGGGAUAAACUUGAAACCUGGUGACAAGACUAAAACUUUUCCAAUUCAAAGAGCUGAGAACAGAACAACAAAUCCCUUCCUCAAAAACCUAAAACCCAAAUACGGUCAAGACAGGUCAAAUAAUUCACAGGAGGGGGCAACUGACCAACAAGCAAGACCCACAUCCGAUGACCAAAUCGAAUCAGACCAAACUCCAAUGUUGGAUAAAAACUCUAAAGCUAAGAAAGAACCUCUUCAUCCAGUUAAAACCAGUAAAACUGAACAAAAUCAAAAACCUGAUUACGGCUCAACGGAUCCCACCCUCCAAAACCUAAAACCCAAAUAUGGUCAAGACAGGACUGAUAAUUCACAGCUGGUAGCAACUGACCAAGAGGUAAGCCCCGUGACUGAUGAACAACCCGAAUCAGAAGAAACUCCAAUGUUAAGUAAAAACCCUGAACUUAAAAAAGAACAUGGUCAUCCUUUUAUAACUAGCAAAACUGGCCAAAAACCAAAACCUGACAAGGGCUCAAUUCAUCCAUCCCUUUAUAAUCCAAAAACAAAAUAUGGUCAAAACAGGCCUAAUAACUCACAGUGGAUAACAACUGACCAACAAGCAAGACCCACAACUGAUGAACAACCGGAAUCAGAAGGAACUCCAAUGUUGAAUAAAAACUCUGAACUUAAGAAAGGAUAUGUUCAUCCUGUUAAAACCAGUAAAACUGACCAAAAACCUGAUUCCAGCAUAACUGAUCCCUCCCUCAAAAACCUAAAACCCAAAUAUGAUCAAGAAAGGACGAAUAAUUCACAGUGGGUAGCAACUGACCAACAAGCAAGACCCCCGACCGGAGAACAACAUGAAUCAGAAGAAACUCUGAAUAGAAAUUCUAAACCUAAGAAAGAAACUGUUCAUCCUAUUAUAACAAGUGAAACUGAACAAAAUAAAAACCCUGAUUCCAGCUCAACGGAUCCCUCCCUCAAAAACCUAAAACCCAAAUAUGGUCAAGACAGGACUAAUAGUUCACAGAGGGCAGCAACUGACCAACAAGUAAGACCCACAACUGAUGAACAACCCGAAUCAGAAGAAACGCCAAUGUUAAGUAAAAUCCCUAAAUUACAAAAAGAUCCUGUUCAUCCUGUUGAAACUAGUAAAAGUGACCAAAAGCAAAAACCUGAUGACAGCUCAACUAAUCCCACAUAUGGUCAAGAGAGGCCUAAAAAUUCACAGUGGGUAGCAACUCAUCAACAAGCAAGACCCACGACCGGAGAACAACCCGAAUCAGAAGAAAUUCCAAUGUUGAAUAAAAAUUCUAAACCUCAGAAAGAAACUGUUCAUCCUAUUAUAACAAGUAAAAUUGACCAAAAGCAAAAUCCUGAUUCCAGCUCAACUGAUCCCGCCCUUAAAAACCAAAAACCCAAAUUUGGUCAAGACAGGACUAUUAAUUCCCAGCGGGUAGCAACUGAUGAAGAAGCAAGACCCACAACUGACAAACAACCCAAAUCAGAGAAAACCCCAAUGUUGAGUAAAAUCCCUAAAUUAAAAAAACAACCUGUUUAUCCUGUAAAGGAUAGUAAAACUGCCCAAAAACAAAAACCUGAUUACAGCUCAACUGAUCCCUCCCUCAAAAACCUAAAACCCAAAUUUGGUCAAGAUAGGACUAAUAAUUCACAGCGGGUAGCAACUGAUGAAGAAGCAAGACCCACAACUGAAGAACAACCCGAAUCGGAAGAAACUCCAAUGUUAGGUAAAAACCCUAAACUUAAAAAGGAAUCUAUUCAUCCUGCUGAAACUAGUAAAACUGAGCAAAAACAAAAACCUGACAACAGUGGAACUGAUCCCUCCCUCAAAAACCUAAAACCAAAAUAUGGUCAAGACAGGACUAAUCAUUCACAGCGGGUAGCAAUUCUACAAGAAGCAAGACCCACAACUGAAGAACAACCCGAAUCGGAAGAAACUCCAAUGUUAAGUAAAAUCCCUAAACUUAAAAAAGAACCCGUUCAUCCUGCUGAAACUAGUGAAACUGACCAAAAACAAAAUCCUAAUUACAGCUCAACUGAUCCCUCCCUCAAAAACCUAAAACCCAAAUAUGGUCAAGACAGGACUAAUCAUUCACAGCGGGUAGCAACUGACCAAGAAGCAAAACCCACAACUGAAGAACAACCCGAAUCGGAAGAAACUCCAAUGCUAGGUAAAAGCCCUAAAGUUAAAAAUGAACCUGUUCAUCCUGCUGAAACUAGUAAAAGUGACCAAAAACCUGAUUAUAGCUCAACUGAUCCCUCUCUGCUAAACCUAAAACCCAAAUAUGGUCAAGACAGGACUAAUCAUUCACAGCGGGUAGCAACUGACCAAGAAGCAAGACCCACAACUGAAGAACAACCUGAAGCGGAAGAAACUCCAAUGUUAAGUAAAAUCCCUAAACCCCAAAAAGAACCUGUUCGUCCUGUUGAAACUAGUAAAAGUGACCAAAAGCAAGAACCCGAUUAUAGCCCAACUGAUCCCUCUCUGCAAAACCUAAAACCCAAAUUUGGUCAAGACAGGACUAAUAAUUCACAGCGGGUAGCAACUGACCAAGAAGCAAGACCCACGUCUGGCGAACAACCAGUAUCAAAAGAAACUCCAAUGCUAGGUAAAAGGCCUAAACUACAAAAAGUACCUGUUCGUCCUGUUAAAACUAGUAAAAGUGACCAAAAGCAAGAACCUGAUUACAGCUCAACUGAUCCCUCCCUCCAAAACCUAAAACCAAAAUUUGGUCAAGACCAGACUAAUAAUUCACGGCGGGUAGCAACUGACCCAGAAGCAAGACCCAUAACUGAAGAACAACCCGAAUCAGAAGAAACUCCAAAGUUAAAUAAAAACCCUAAACUUAAAAAAGAACUCGUUCAUCCUUCUGAAACUAGUAAAACCGACCAAAAACAAAAACCUGAUUACAGCUCAACUGAUCCCUCCCUCAAAAACCUAAAACCCAAAUAUGGUCAAGACAGGACUAAUAAUUCACAGCAGGUGGCCACUGACCAACAUGGAAAACCAGCAACUGACAAACAACCCAAAUCAGAAGAAACUCCAAUGUUAAGUAAAAUCCCUAAACUACAAAAAGAACCUGUUCGUCCUGUUCAAACUAGUAAAAGUGACCAAAACCAAAAACCUUAUUACAGCUCAACUGAUCCCUCCAACAAAAACCUAAAACCCAAAUAUGGUCAAGACAGGACUAAUAAUUCACAGCGGGUAGCAACUGACCAAGAAGCAAGACCCGUGUCUGGCGAACAACCAGUAUCAGAAGAAACUCCAAUGUUAGGUAAAAACCCUAAACUUAAAAUGGAAUCUAUUCAUCCUGCUGAAACUAGUAAUACUGACCAAAAACAAAAAACUGAUUACAGCUCAACUGAUCCCUCCCUCAAAAACCUAAAACCCAAAUUUGGUCAAGACAGGAUUAAUAAUUCACAGCAGGUAGCAACUGACCAAGAAGCAAAACCCGUGUCUGGCGAACAACCAGAAGCAGAAGAAACUCCAAUGCUAGGUAAAAGCCCUAAACUUAAAAAAGAACUCGUUCAUCCAGCUGAAACUAGUAAAAUUGACCAAAAACCUGAUUACAGCUCAACUGAUCCCUCCCUCAAAAACCUAAAACCCAAAUAUGGUCAAGACAGGACUAAUCAUUCUCAGCGGGUAGCAAGUGACCAUGUAGCAAGACCCACAACUGAAGAACAACCAGAAUCGGAAGAAACUCCAAUGUUAAGUAAAAUUCCUAAACUUAAAAAAGAACCCGUUCAUCCUGCUGAAACUAGUAAAAAUGACCAAAAACCUGAUUACAGCUCAACUGAUCCCUCCCUCAAAAACCUAAAACCCAAAUAUGGUCAAGACAGGACUAAUAAUUCACAGCGGGGAGCAACUGAUGAAGACGCAAGACCCACAACUGAAGAACAACCCAAAUCGGAAGAAACUCCAAUGUUAAGUAAAAUUCCUAAAAUUAUAAAAGAACCCGUUUAUCCUUCUGAAACUAGUAAAACUGACCAAAACCAAAAACCUGAUUACAGCUCAACUGAUCCCUUCCUCGAAAACCUAAAACCCAAAUAUGGUCAAGACAGGACUAAUAAUUCACAGCAGGUGGCCACUGACCAACAUGGAAAACCAGCAACUGACAAACAACCCAAAUCAGGAGAAACUCCAAUUUUAAGUAAAAUCCCUAAACCACAAAAAGAACCUGUUCGUCCUGUUGAAAUUAGUAAAAGUGACCAAAAACAAAAACCUGAUUACAGCUCGACUGAUCCCUCCCUCAAAAACCCGAAACCCAAAUAUGGUCAAGAAAGGUCUAAUAAUUCACAGUGGGAAGCCACUGACCAACAAGCAAGACCCACAACUGACAAACUACCCGAAUCAGAUGAAACUCCAAUGUUAAGUAAAAUCCCUAAACUACAAAAAGAACCUCUUCGUCCCGUUAAAACUAGUAAAAGUGACCUAAAGCAAAAACCUGAUUACAGCUCAACUGAUCCCUCCAACAAAAACCUAAAACUUAAACAUAGCCAGCGGGUAGCAACUGAUGAAGAAGCAAGACCCACAACUGACGAACAACCCGAAUCAGAAGAAAUUCCAAUGUUAAGUAAAUACCCUGAAGUUAAAAAAGAACCUAUUCAUCCUGUUGAAACUAGUAAAACUGACCAAAAGCAAGAAUCUGAUUACAACUCAACUGAUCCCUCCCUCAAAAACCUAAAACCCAAAUAUGGUCAAGACAGGACUAAUAAUUCACAGCGGGUAGCAAUAGACCAAGAAGCAAGAUCCACAACUGGCGAACAACCCGAAUCGGAAGAAACUCCACUGUUAAGUAAAAACCCUAAACUUAAAAAAGAACCUGUUCAUCCUGUUGAAGCUAGUAAAACUGUGCAAAAACAAAAACCCGACAACAGCGGAACUGAUCCCUCCCUCAAAAACCUAAAACCCAAAUAUGGUCAAGACAGGACCAAUAAUUCACAGUGGGAAGGAACUGACCAACAAGCAAGACCCACAUCUGGCAAACAACCAGAAUCAGGAGGAACUCCGAUAUUGAAUAAAAACUCUAAGCCUAAGAAAGGAUCUGUUCAUCCUGUUAAAACCAGUAAAACUCCCCAACAGCAAAAACCUGAUUACAGCUCAAACGAUCCCUCCCUCAAAAACCUAAAACCCAAAUAUGGUCAAGACAGGACUAAUAAUUCACAGUGGGAAAGAACUCACCAACAAGCAAGACCUUCGUCUGGCGAACAACCCAAAUCAGAAGAAACCCCAAUGUUGAAUAAAAACUCUAAACUUAAAAAAGGAACUGUUCCACUUGUUAAAACUAAAAAACCUGAACAAAAGCAAAAACCAGAGAGAAACUACCCAAAAGAAAAACUAUAUCAAACUAAAGCUAAACAAAAUCUCACACCAGAUCUGGAGACAGAUUCUAACAAAAUGAAAAAACCGACUGAAUUACUUCAUUCAAAUUCUUCUGGGAACUCUGAGUCAGAAAACACAUUUACAACUAAUCCCAAUCAAAGGCUCAAACCCAGCCAGAAAAUUCCCAAGAUUAAUGGCAAGUACAAAACUGGUCAGGUGCCCAAAUUUAACCAAAGGCAGCCCAAACUUAUGAGAGACCCAAACCCUGGAGCUAACGUUAAACCCAAAUCCAGCCAAGUCUUUCCUGAUCCUGACCGCCACCUUGGUGAGGACUCUAACAAAAAAUCUGACCCCAGAUCUGGCUCAAGCGGAAGACCGCCAAUCAAACCGACACUAGAGGCUAGAACAACACCAGCUCAUCUUAACGAGAACACGGCAUCCCAACAAACUGACCAUUUCAGUUUCCCGACAACAAACAGUAUCAACAAUGCUCAACUUCUGCCUACACCCAGUGCUGUUCCACAGAUGGCUGGGGUGACUCAUACCCAAGUGCACACAGAGUUUAAGCCCAGCACGAUGAAAACCAUCACUGCAAAGACCAUCAAGGACCUUCACGGUCUGCCAGUGGGCCCAAACAGCGGGGUUGCGUCUGAUCUGAGGCCACAAACAACCAAUAAACCGUCAUCAAUUCCAAUGUCAGCAACAUCGAGACUGCUCCACACUGUUAUUCCGAGAACCAAUCCGGGCUCCACAAAGACAAAUCAACACUCUAUGGAGGAAGAAGAACGCCCUACCCUCAACAUCCAGACCACUUCCAGAUCCGAGCUCAGCUCAACUACCGCUAACCCCAUGGCCAACCCGGCUGCAGAAUCUUCUACGUCAAGCGCCCGUGAGCUGCGCGUGAAAAUUAAACAGGUGGCGGCUGCUUUCUUUAACGGCACCCAAGUUGUUCCGAAUAGAAAACCUUCACCCGGCAAGCAUCUCAAAGAUCUGCCAGAAGAUAAUGAGGGUGGAAGCAGGCCAUCUGGUGGUGCACUGACAUCGAUAACAUCUGAAGGUGCAGUUUCCAAGGUGAUGAGGGACUGCUCAGACCACCUCGUCAGAAGGGGCGUGACGAAGAGCGGCAUAUACCAAGUGACUCCAGAUCUUCAUGCCGGCGGCAGUUUUCCAGUUUUGUGCGACAUGGAAGUCCAGGGCGGAGGAUGGACCCUCCUGCAGCUCCGGAAAGACGGCGGUGUCAGCUUCAACCGCACCUGGGCCGAGUACCGGUCAGGUUUCGGGGAGUUGCUGAAAGGAGGGGAGUUCUGGUUGGGGAACCAACACAUCCACCUCCUGACUCGGAGCAGGGACAUGACACUGCGGGUGGAGCUGGAGGACUUCUCCGGGAUAGCGGGUUACGCUGAAUACGAGCACUUCAAGGUAGCGAGUGAAAGGAUGCGCUUCAAGCUGACGUUGGGGGGUUACUCCGGCACAGCGGGGAACGCGCUCCGCUUCAGCUCCACCUUCGACCACAGCAACCAGGCCUUCACCACUCCAGACCGGGAUAACGAUCGCUACCCAUCAGGAAAUUGCGGGGCUUAUUACAGCUCCGGCUGGUGGUUUAAUGCAUGCAUGGCUGCUAACCUCAACGGGAGGUAUUAUAAAGGGAAGUACAAGGGGGUACGAGAUGGCAUCUACUGGGGCGCAUGGCACAACAUUUCCUCUGAGUUGUACCCCACAAAUGAAAGGCUGUCUUUUAAAACAGUCAGGAUGAUGAUCAGACCAAAAGAGUUUUUAACAUGAACAUUCUAUUACAUACUACCCAAGAAAGAUUGCAUUAUUGGGGUUUCUGGUUUUAUUUAUUGUGUAUUUUUGUUUAUCCAGAAAGUUGACCCCUUAGCCAUAUUACCCUACUGUUUAUGAGUAGUGGAAUUUCAUAACAAUCACUAAAUCUGACAGUCACUAUUAACUCAUCACAAAACAGUAAUCAUGAAACGCCUGCUGGCCUCUUUGUCGCAAUGCUUCUCCCUAGUGGAAACCUUUGAUUCUGCAGUGAAUUGUAUGCUGAAAUAAACAGGGGUCCACAGUUUUUGACGGAUUUACAAGUAUAAAACAACCAAAUGCAAUACAGUAAAUCCGGUGGUAACUGAGCACAAACCAAUUGCCCUGUGUAAUGUGAUCGUUGAGGAUGUACAUAGUGUUUAUAAAAGGUCUUCUUUUCGUUUUUUGUUUCCCAUUGUUAUUUUUUUAAACCAAUUAUAUAAAAUUUCAAAGCAGAGUGCAAUUUAUUGUAUUUGAUUGUUUUCUUAUAUUAUUGAGAAUACAUAUUGUUUGAAAGACUGAGAUUUGUCUUUGCUUCUUUUGAGUAAAUGUUUUUUUUGGGUCUGUGUUAACUGUUAUUUACUCAUUUUUCUGUUAAUGCUUAGAGAUUUAUUUCACAA